UUUCACUAACCAACUAAACAAUCAAUAAUGGAAAUAGUAACCAGCUGCAAACAUGAACGACGACAUGUUGCCGUUUUCACAUUCCCUUUUUCCUCACAUCCUCCUCUCCUCCUCGCUCUCGUACGUAGACUAGCCUCCGCUUGUCCUUGGGUCGUUUUCUCGUUCUUUGGCACCGAAAAAUCAAACCGGGCUUUGUUUUCCAAUCUAGUGAUCAGUUGCGAUAACAUACUGCCAUAUAACGUAUCGGAUGGCGUACCGGACGAUUACGUAUUUGUGGGUAAGCCUCAAGAGGGGAUUAACUUGUUUCUUGAGGUGGCAAAAGAGGAGUUGAACAAGGGUGUUAAAAUGGCCGAGGAAGAUAUCGGGCUGAAAGUUAGUUGCCUCGUGGUUGAUAUUUUUCUUUGGUUUUCGGCUGAUAUAGCCCACGAAAUGAACGUUCCUUGGGUGGCCUUUUGGACAGCUGCAGCUGGGUCUCUCUCGGCACAUUUUUAUACUGAUCACAUUAGGCAGAAAUGUGCUCAACUCAAAGGGUCCGUAGGUCCUGAUGACGAAAUGGAAGACUUGAUCCCCGGACUCCCAGUAGUUCGACUAGGUGACUUGCCACGCGGAGUUGUCCUUGGAGACCUUACAUCACCAUUUUCAACCUUGCUACUUGAAAUGGGGAGAAAUCUAGCCCGGGCAGCCGCUGUCGGAAUAAACUCAUUCAAAGAACUCGAGCCUGAUGUCACUGAAGACCUCUCUUCAAAAUUGAAACGUGUCCUCAACGUUGGUCCUUUGAACCUCAUAUCCGCACCAAAAUCAUCGUCAAUCCAUGAUGAUGGAUAUUCUUGCAUCUCUUGGUUAGAGGAUAAAUCGCCAAGAUCAGUGGCCUACAUUGCCUUUGGCACGGUGUGUAAUCUUCCACCGCAAGAGCUAGUUGCGUUGGCUGAAGCGCUGGAAGAUACAAAAAUAUCAUUUAUGUGGUCUAUAAAAAAUGAUUCCAAGAAGUAUUUCCCUAAAGGAUUCUUGGAGAGAAUAAGCACCAAUGGAAUGGGAAAAAUUAUACCAUGGGCACCACAGGUACAAGUAUUAGAGCAUUCUGCGAUUGCGGCGUUUGUGACACACUGUGGAUGGAAGUCGGUGAUUGAGAGUAUCGGAGCUGGGGUUCCAAUGAUAUGUAGGCCGUUCUUCGGGGAUCAACAAAUGAAUACUUGGAUGGUUGAGAAAGUUUGGGGAAUUGGAGUGCGAGUUCAAGGUGGGAGCUUAACAAAACAUGGUAUGAUUCAUGCUCUGGAACAAGUUUUAUCGUUAGAUGGAUCGUCGAAAAGUAGGCUAAUGGAGAGAGUUGAAGCGUUAAAAGAUCUUGCACAUAAGGCUGUUGGACCAGACGGGAGUUCUAGCCAAAACUUCAAGACUUUGGUGGAUGUGGUCAUGGGUGCCACAGUUUGAUCUACUACUAUAGUUGAAUUUGUGUCAUGAAUCGUACUAGGGAAAUUUAAAUAUUUAAUGUUUAGUUUAUGUUAAAUAAUAUGUACUAGAUUUAAACCUGCGAGAUUGAUUGAGAACAAAUAACUAAUAUAUGUAUGAUAUAUAUGUUAUACAUGUGUAAUA